AAACAUAGGUUAUGAUUUUGACAUUUCUGUGUUUUUGUAAAUAAUCAUUAAAAGUGCAAAAUGAGUGAAGAAAUUAAAAAACCGGACGAAAACGAAUCGGAUUCGUUAUCAUCUAAUUUCGAUCGUCGCGUUUCAUUAGAAAAUAACGAAGUAAAAUUAGAUAAAAUAAAAUAUGAUAUUCUUUUAAAACCAACGGGAGAUGUGCCGAUUAUGAAAAAGAAGAAAUGGUCUGUAGAAGCUGAUAAACCAAUUGGAUGGAUUAUUGAUUUUAUGAAAAAGUACUUAAAAUUAGACCCCCAAGAUAGAUUGUUCUUGUAUGUAAAUCAAAACUUUGCACCUUCCAGAGACCAAAUAGUGAGGAAUUUAUAUGAAUGUUUUGGUGCUGAUGGUAAAUUAGUUUUACAUUAUUGUAAAACACCAGCUUGGGGAUAAUCAACAGAAUUUAAUUUAAAUCUUUUUUAUGUACUUUUUUCAAAAUAUUUAUUGAGUGUAACAAUACACUUUGGUUAUUACAACUUCUUAAAGCUACAAGAAAACUUUUUUAUGGCACUCAAUUGAGUUUUUUUUAUUUAUUAAAUACUUGUGUUGUUGAUCUAUAUAUUAUAGUAAAAGUAUAAAUUGUA